GGGAAUAGCGGUGGAGCUAGGGGCCUGCCGAGACACGUUUCUAACCCCAACACAGGGUCACUCUCUGCGGGAUCCACCAAGACCUGGGACGUACGGAGGCACAGGGCCCAGAACCCCUUCAUCUCCAUGGGGCUGACCUCUAACCUGACCGGGGCAUCUGGAGUAGACCCCGAGUACGUGAUGCAGCUGGUGAAUGACGUGAGGUGGUUCGCCGAUGUUCUUCUCAGUCUCAAGCAGGCGUUUCAGUGCAAAGAUCUCCAUGACGACCUCCAGCGUGUGGUCCAGGAGCGUCUGUCCGAGCUGCUCCGUGUCCUGAAGGCCGUCAUCGGGAAACACCAGACCCUCAACUCCGUGGAUAUCCUCGGAGCGGCCGGCACCGUCAUCGCCAAGGUCAAAGGCAUCAACUUUAAGGAAGUGACCCAAGAGAACCGAAAAGCUGUGUUUUCUGAGAUACACGCAUCCAUUGACACGUUGGCAUUCACUUUCGGCAAUGUAGUUUCUGACUUCCUUAUGGGAGAUGUGGACAGUGGAUCAGGGUUGGGGAUCCCCCAGGCCAGGAGAACCAGGUCUUUCGACAAUCUGGCUGCCGAUCCUGAGGGCUACGAGAAUGAAAAAGCCGAGGUCCCAGGUCCAGAAUUGUCCCUGUCCCGAGAGGAGGAGGUGGACCUGAGGUUGCAGAAGAAUGACAGUGGGGUGGAGUCGGCCUUACUGUACGCCAAGGCCUGGUCCAAGUACAUCAAAGACCUGCUGGCCUGGAUGGAGAAGCGCCUGGCUAUGGAUAUUGAAUAUGCAAAAAACUAUGCAAAAUUGGCAGAAUCUGCAAAGUCGCUGGCCAGUCAACAGGACUACAUGCCAUUUAGCGACAUCUACACUUCAACAUUUAAGAAUGACAUUGAGUACAACCAGCUGCUAAUUCAGACCGCCAUGGCGCUCCAAUCCAAUAAAUUUAUACAGCCUCUUCAAGCGCGAAAGAAUGAACUGGACAAGUUGAGGAAAGACAUCAAGGAGCAGUGGCAGAGGGAGCAGAAGAAAAUGCAAGAAGCAGAUGUGAGUUUGCGUAAGGCCCGAGCGUUGAAGACCCAGAGGAAAGAGGAGUACCAGAAGGCCCACAUGUCCACAAACCGAUCCCAGGAGGAGGCCACCAACACGGGCAACAAACAGCUGGAGAAGAAGAGGAGGCUGGAGGAGGAGGCCAUGCAGAAGGCUGAAGAGGCCCAGGACCAGUACCAGAGCUGUGUGGCCGAAUCCGGAGUCAGAAAAAUGGACCUGGCCAACGCCAAAAGCACCAUCCUCACUCAGAUCAGAGAGAUGAUCUUCCAGUGUGACCUCACCCUCAAAGCUGUGACAGUGAACUGGUUUCAGAUGCAGCAGGCCCUGAACGCCUCUCUGCCCACUCACUACCAGGCCCUGAGCGACAGCGCCAAACUGUACGAGCCCGGGGAGUGCUACGCCGAGUUUGUACGAAAUCUGCCCCGGAAUCUGCCAAAGGAGAGACUGCACUCAGACUCCAUCUCGUCAGACAGCACCAGGUUUAUCUUUAACAAGCACUCUGUGAGCAGCACUCACUCGUCCCAUGGAAACCUGUCUCAGGCCUCCAUCACCUCCUGCGACGUCCUGGGAGGAGACGAUGUGGAUCUGCACCGCACAGCCUUGAGGACCCAGGCCCCCCACCGGACUUGGUUUACGGGCUCCCAGGGCAGUCACGGGGGGAUGUGCAGUGACUCCGAGAGCGCAGGGGGCAGCAGCGAGUCCCGGUCUAUGGACUCGCCCACGGCCAGUCCAGGGGAUUUUAAACGCCGUCUGCCCAGGACUCCAUCCACCGGGACCAUGUCUUCAGCUGACGACCUGGACGAACGAGACGCUUCCCCCUCUGACAAUGGUCUAGCAGAGAUGGUGACAGAAACCGCCAGUUCUCCAGGCCCGUUCCGAAAUGCCCAGAUGUCCAAGGCAGCUCAAACGCACAAACUGAGAAAACUACGAGCCCCGUCCAAAUGCAGGGAGUGCGACAGUCUGGUGGUCUUCCAUGGGGCCGAGUGCGAAGAGUGUUCACUGGCCUGCCAUAAAAAGUGCCUGGAAACUCUGGCCAUUCAGUGCGGACACAAGAAGCUCCAGGGACGACUGCAGCUGUUCGGGAUCGACUUCGCCCAAGCCUCAAGAAACAGUCCGGACGGGAUCCCAUUUAUCAUCAAGAAGUGCACCUCGGAGAUAGAGAGUCGAGCCCUCAACAUCAAGGGAAUUUAUCGGGUGAAUGGAGCCAAGUCUCGUGUGGAAAAGCUUUGUCAGGCGUUUGAAAAUGGCAAAGAUCUGGUGGAACUGUCUGAGCUGUCGCCGCAUGAUAUCAGCAACGUACUCAAGCUCUACCUACGACAGUUACCCGAGCCCAUGAUUUUGUACCGAUACUACAACGACUUCAUCGGUCUGGCCAAAGAGUGUCAGCGCGUGAUCGUGGAGGAGGCGGACAUCAGGCAGAGUAACCAAACGGCGGCGAAGGAAACCCCGAGUAUGGAACUGAACCGAGUCAUGUUCAAGAUCCGAGACCUGCUACGACAACUGCCCCCGGCCAACUACAGGACCCUCCGAUAUCUCAUAGCACAUCUGCACAAAGUGACGGAGCAGGCCGAGGAGAACAAAAUGACUGCGAGUAACCUGGGCAUCAUCUUUGGUCCGACCCUGGUCAAGCCUCGGCAGGCGGAUGCGGAGGUCUCGCUCUCGUCUCUGGUGGAUUAUCCGUACCAGGCCCUGAUGGUGGAGCUGCUGGUCAGACAUUAUCAGACCGUCUUUGACCCCAUGCCUCUGCCCGGGUCUGAGCUGAGCACCGCGGGGCAGGCUUCUCCCAAACUCACCCCCCAAGAGAAGAUUCAGAGGCUCAGUAGACACUCCACCUCACUCAUGGAUAUAAAAGAGACGGCCAAAGUCUUCAAGAGAUACUCCUCUGUGAUCCCGUCAUCUCACAUCCUGAACGAAGUGGAGGAGGUGCAGCCUGGAACAGACCGCACGGACGGCUCCAACCUCGAGAAAACCAACGGGACCCUGACCUCCGCAGCCUCCCCGGAGCCCCAGAAAUCCACCCCGGUCUUUACUCGCUCCUCCACACAGUCCACUCUCCUCCCCUCCACCACCAUGGCCCAGAAAGUCCAGCUACGCGCCCAACGAACCCGCCAGUUCUCUCGUCCAAUCAGCAUGCCUCUUGAACGCCUCCCCAAUCCCGCGCAAAUCAGCGAAAGGAACAACCGCAACGUGGUUAACGCGAACGCCGAUGGGGCUUUGGAACGGGACAGCGUUUCGGAAACCAUCCAGGAAGUCCCCGAACCUGAAAAAGUGCGUUCAUCUCGAGUCAGUACUUACUACAUUACGCCAUUUAUCGACACGCAAACUAUGCAAAGGAGAACUUGGGAUAGAAAGUACAAGCACUAUGACGUUACGCCGAGAACUGCUAUGAUUGUCGCGAACUCUACCGCUCCGGGUCAAGUUAAACCCAGUUCUUCUAUCCCGAUUACAACGGCUUCAUCAACGGCGUCAACCACAGGCAGCGUUACAAAUGUGUUCUCGACGAGCCCCUACGCUGCUUCGCUAAAAUCGGUUUGGACUAAAAGGGAGCUUGAUACCGAAAAUACAGACCCUACCAAUUCGCCAAAGGUUCCAAUAACUUUGCGAGCGCCAAGAACACUUCAACCCCCUCCAGGAACUUUUUACAAACCGCCCACGUCUAUAAACAACCGUGCAAGGACAAUUCCAAGCUGGACUGCUAUUAUUACUACCACUACUACGACUACGACUACAAUCGCUUCAACCUCGCCAACGCAAGCUUCCCCGGACAAGCUGGCACCUUCGCCGACCGGAAAAAGCCGUCCGCAGUCCAGGCUAGAGGCGCAGGAUUCGAUAGACAGCGCCAUAGAUGCCCCGGCAAGCCCGUCCCCGCCGCAGUCCCCUCCCCCCGGCAGUCCGGACGAAACGAGUCCCACCGAAAAUAAAAACGUUUACCAAAGACUGAGAUCGCGCAGGCCACCGGAGCUGGAGCACAGGGAGGCGCAUUUUGUGUAAAGCCAAAUCUACAUUGCAAAAAAUGAUUAUCUGUGUUGGUUUAAAUGGUUGAAAUUCAGAAUAUUGAUCUCGUUUGGCAAAAAAAUUGACAACAUAAUAUUUAUUUAAGUCUGUCAGUGAAGUUUAGGGUUAUCAAAAGCAUCGAAAACCAGAUACUUAUCGAUUCUAGAUACACAUUUGAGCAAGUAUUGAUACAAAAAGUUACAUUUACAGGCCAAAAAUGAACCUUUUCUGAAUCGAUGUGGACAGAUAUAACACCACAUGGUAAUAUAAAAGAAAGUACUACGAUUUAAUAUUGAAAAUCACAAUCUGUUGUCUAAAGCAAGAGUGUUUUUUUCAUUAUUAUCAUCGUCAUAUUGGAUGGAGUUAGACGUUUGCAUAAGUAAAUUAAAGUAGAUAAUAAAACAUACCUAAAUUGUUACAAAAUAUAUUAAAACAAAGCCAAAAUUGAAACUACAUGAGUAAAAUUUCUGUCACAUUUCUGUAUUUCAGUCAUUUCUGCUGAUGUAGGUCGUACUUAUUUGCAGUGCAUCAUCUUGUUGUAAAUAGAUCGUCUGUGCCAUAGUAAAUAUAUUGGGAGGUAUUUUUUUAUUUGUCAAACAGUGAAUGAGUGGAUAGCCUGGUCAGCCUUUUUGUCUAUUAAAAAAUAAUACAACUUUCAUGCAUUGGAACAAAUGGUUUUAGAUUAGAUGAGUGCUGGCCAGUAUUGGGAGACAAUGUCCAAUGUGCGUAGUUCAUUUUAGCAUUUUUAUUUAUUAUGAUACAAUUAAACCUGAUUUUGUAAAAUGUAAUAAAGGCCGGAGGGGGAAAAAAGAAGAAAAAAUGUGGAUUGAGAAUAGAGAGCAGUUAAAAGAACCAGUGCAGAAUAAACUAACAGUGGUGGAAAGAGGUUUAGUCAAGUAAAAGUACUGUUACGUGGCUAAAAAUGUACUAAAUUACAAGUAAAAGUACUGUUACACGGCAAGAAAUGUACUAAAUUACAAAUAAAAGUACUGUUAUGGCUAAAAUGUAAUCAAUUACAAGUAAAAGUACUAUUACAUGGCAAAAAAUUUACUAAAUUACAAGUAAAAGUACUGUUACAUGGCAAAAAAAUUACUAAAUUACAAGUAAAAGUACUGGUAUGGCAAAAAUGUAAUCAGUUACAAGUAAAAGUACUGUUACAUGGCUGAAAAUGUACUUAAUUACAAGUAAAAGUACUGUUACAUGGCUAAAAACGUACAAAAUUACAAGUAAAAGUACUCUUACAUGGCAAAAAAUGUACAAAAUUACAAGUAAAAGUACUCUUACAGGGCUAAAAAUGUACUCAGUUACAAGUAAAAGUACUCUUACAGGGCUAAAAAUUUACUCAGUUACAAGUAAAAGUACAGUUAUGGCAAAAAUGUAAUCAGUUACAAGUGAAAGUACUUUUACUUCACUAAAAAAUGUACUAAAUUACAAGUAAAAGUACUACUGUCAAAUUUGUACUUAAAGGUGCACUGUGUAACUUUUCUGGUGGAGGUCUGUCACCAGCUUCUCUGUUACCUGGAAUGUUCCACUGUAUGGCACUACACUUAUUUAUCUCCAUGGAGACAACCAUAAAACCAAGUUACAUGUCAGAUCUGUGGAGUAGCGAGCCAACUCAUAGUAAGAAUGUAAGUUUUUAAGUCAGUAGAAGCCAUUGUUAUUGAGUAAAAACAAGAUGGAUACUGGAUAUGUUUAAUGCCAUACUGGGACAUUUUAGAGGAAGCAACAGUAUCGCCAUGGAUACAAGAAGUUGGCGGACGCUCUUCUAGAAAAGUUACACAGUGCAUCUUUGAGUAAAUGUAAAAAGAACACAUGAAAAACACUAUUCAGAGCAAAGUUACUAGUUACUUUUCACCACAAUUUUACCAACAUUUUUCAAAAAUGAAAGUGAAUUAAGUUGUUUUAACCCACAAUUUGCGUAAUUUCUGUCCAAUCAGAGCAGGUGAUGUUGUUUUGUGAGUUUGUACGUAUAAAGAGGCUUUGGACUAAAUGGGACUUGGGCUGUUUUUAGUAAUUUUUAUGAUUUAAAAAGUAACUAAUUGCAAUUACAUGGCUAGAAUUAUACUCAGUUACAGGUACAGGCUUUUU